ACAAAAUGCGUUGGAGGAAGGACUCUCGCUUGUUUGUUGUGCGCACUCCGCCAUCUCCUCAGACCCAUCGCGCGGCACUGCGAGGAGCAACAAGAGCGCCACGAUGGACGUGACGGGCGGGCUGCUCAUUGCCCUGUGCACAACCUUUUUGGUCAUCAUCUUUGGUUUCAUCCUUGGAAAGAUGAACAUCUUAGACAGGAGUGGGCGACAGGUGGUCGGUGCACUGAUUGUGAAACUCGUCCUGCCCUGCCUCAUCCUCAAGGCCAUGGCCACCCUCGACUUCAGCUCCGUGAGAUGGUUGCUGAUCCUCGGCGUGGCACUGGGCAAGCUGGCAGUGCUGCUCAUCGUCAUCUUCGUCACCAUGAUCGCCUCUGGGUUCUCCUUUGUGAGCUUUGCGCAGGGCGGCCUUCGUGGCAUCCUCGGCGUACAGAGCAACGACUUUGCCCUCGGACUGCCCAUCCUGUCUGCACUGUAUCCUGUUGAGCUGACCAACUAUCUCUACCUCUUUGCGCCCAUCAACUUCCUCAUGGUGUAUCCCAUAUCCCUCUUUCUCCUCGAAUUCGGCACCCGCAAAGCCGGCAUGCGCCCGCCCUCGCGGCUGGGCUUUGGCCUGUCCAUCGUCAUUGCCAUCUUCAAGUCCCCGGUUGUCAUCGCCACAUUCCUCGGCGUCGCCCUCAACUUCAUCUUCAAACAGAAUCUCCCCGCCAUUAUCGAGCAGCCGCUCGCGCUUAUCGGGUCUGCCUUCAACGCUCUCGCACUCCUCAACCUUGGAGCCAACAUGGUCGGCAAGGCGUCACAGCUCAAAGGCCCCAAUCUGAUGAAGUCCCUCGCUGUUGUUCUUGCGAAAAGCGUUCUGCUUCCCAUCCUCAUCGCGCUCUUCCUCUCCCUCCUCAACCAGCGCAUGAUCUCGUUGCCUGAGCGGCCAGAUGAUGAUGACGAUACAGUCAUGUUCACAACAGACACAGCCAACUAUUUCAGUGGGGCUGCUGGUGAUGACGAUGAUGAUCAUGGCAGCAUGAAGGACAAGUACUUUCUCAACUUGUUUGGCUUCAUCUACGGCACGUUUCCUUCUGCUCCAGGAGCACUUCCCUUCGCCCAGCAAUACGGCGUUGACAUCGACCUGGCUGCCUCCGUGGUGGUCGUUGGCACCGUCAUUGCUGCCCCGCUCAUGUUCAUCUCAGCAAAAAUGGCAACUAUCACCGUGACAAACGCCAAAGUUGCAAGCCUGCAAGACUUGGUGAGCGACGCAGGCAUCAACCUCAGCACCGCAUCCAUUGUUGCCGCCGUUCUCUUCAUCGCCCUUUACGCCGCAAACAACAAGUUCUCCCGCACCAUCGACCGCCUGUAUGUGUUGUUUGCCGUGCUGUGUGUUGGCCUCGGCAUCACCGCCAACACGUGCACCAUCGACAGCCCUACGCUUGGAUCCGACCUCCGCUUUUCCGCUUCUUGGUUCUUCAUCUUCGCAACGCGCAUCACCGCCAUUGUCAUUGGCUUUCACCUUCUGGCGCUGGCUAAGAACUCUGUUCGCUUCCGCCUUCGUGCGUGCUCCUCAACCACGACCAUUGGCAUCAGCGUUUGCUUACCACUUUUAUUGGUUGGCUUGGUCUUUCUCAUCGAACCAACCAUUUCACCGGGAAAAGGCAUCACCUGCAGUUUGCUUGCAGGCACUGCAUCGUUUUACACCGCCCUGACGAUCCUGUGCCUAUGCACGCUGUCGCUGGUCUAUAUCAUCCUUUCGCUCGGGCGGCAUCGAAGCCGUUCGGCGCGAUCAUUGCCCCCACCAACACCGACAACGACGACGAGACGCAUGACGUGUGAGAGGGGACACUCCUGUGGCGCGCACAACGCCGCCAGUGGUAUGCAACACGGUGCGUGCGCCAACUGCUGCCAGUGUCCAGACACAUCAGCAGGGACUGAAGCGCAAGUCGUGAUCACAGUGAACGGUGUUCCGCUCGAUGACACGAACGGCGGACAGCCCAGCACCUCGAGACGUGCGCACACCCAUCGCCACAGCAGCGACAGUGGUGGGACAGGAGAUGACGAAACACAACCACUGCUGCUGGGCCAACGCACAAGAUCAUCCAUCAACGCCACGGGAGACAGCGGCGGCACCAAUUUUGCCGUUUCACAAACAUCUGAGAGUGACGUUGCACCUGCGUCACCAAUGGGCUUGCGCCAUCUUGCUGUUCUCAGCUACUGGGCCUUGUCAUCCCUACUUGGCAUGUGCUCCUGCUUGUGGGUGCUGACCAACGGCAGGACAUCUGGCAUCUACUUUGAGGUGCUGUUUCUCGAUUACGCACUGCUCAACGCACAGGGCGUGGUUCUCUUCCUUGCGCUGGGAACACGUGGUGACCUGCUUGCCGUCAUUGGACGCGUGUACAACCGCAUCGAAGCACGCGUGCGCUCUGUCAUCUACGGCACAGAGGAGGUCGCAGUCCUGGAUACGGACCAGGCCCUGAACGAUGUGCUCGACGUCCGGGGCAUGCGCCAGGCGCUGGCUGCGACCCGGGAUGAGCUCAUUGGGACGAGGACACACCGACUACGCAAGUACAACGGUGUUCUGGUGGGAUCGGAACUUGUCACCCAUCUCUGUGACACAAAGAUCGCAUCCUCCAAACAACACGCUAGCCGCAUUGGAAGGGCACUGGUUGCCCACGGUGUGCUGAGCCAUGUGACGCAGGAACAUCACUUCCAUGACGCACACUACUUCUACCGGUGGAACGAGGAGGACAACUCUGGCCGUGCUUCGAUUGCCGCUUCGUCAGCAUCAACGCCAAUCCCCCCACACAUGACGGCCGACGACUGGAAAUCCGUGCACUCUGCCCUUGUUUGAUGGCGUGACGUUAUGACGUGUUGGGGUCUCAUAUCACACAACAACAUGUGACCACUGCAACCAUAUCCUCGUCGUACAGUUCCUUGCGUUAGGUUCUCAUUGUCGUUACCUGUUUACAUUGCACAUUUCCCACCCA